CUUGACCUAACAGCCUACAACCCUCGUUGACAUCUACGAAAUUCAGAACCUAGCAGGGAGUUUCCUGCGUGAAGGUUUCCAGUGGCCAUGAUUCCCAGGAUGGAGGAGGUUGAAGCGCUUAGGAACAGGAUAUCCAUGCUACAGGAGCAGAAGGAGGCAUGUCUACGCCAGGCCGAAGCCAUCUCCUCCCAGAUCCACGCAGGCCAACGACGGCUCGCCAUCCUCCACAAUGCCACAGCCCCAGUCGCCCGACUACCACACGACCUCCUCGCCCUCGUGUUCAACCUCGUUUGUGCCCCCAACCCUUCCGCAAUCCACAAGCAGCCAGAGGUCCUGUUAUCCCAUGUGUGUGCAGCGUGGCGCCAUGCCGCUCUCUCCACCCCUUCACUGUGGACCACGAUCCGCUUCCCCGUCACAAUACGACGGCGAGACACCCUACAGGCUUACCUGGACCGUGCCAAUGGCGCCCUGCUCCAUCUCCACCUAGGGCCGUAUCCGCAUGAGCCGACGCUGCGGACCUUCUACCAGAACAUACGAGACAUGGUGAUGCCACACCUAACGCACACCCGUACGCUCGUGCUGUCGGGUGUGAACGUCGACCAUCUGGCCAGCUUAUUACUGAUCGCGAAUAAUUACGACAUGCCACUGCUCACCUGUCUCUCACUUUCCGUAUCGAGCUCUGCCACAAAUCAUGUCAAUUUCAUCCCCGUCCUCCCUCGAGGUGCGCCACAUCUCGUAGAUAUCCGCGCGGAUACGAUCCCGUUUGUUUUUCCAAAUCCUCCCCCUGCGUUGCGCACUCUGCAGCUCCGCGCCAAUUCCUCACUUCGUCCAGUCCCCCUCUUGAAUUUCCAUGCUACUUUGAGCGCAUGUGCGAACUCGCUCACCACACUCAUUGUCGCCGGAACCGUAGCGCCUACCUCAGCUGCUCUGCCAGACAGCGCCGUCAAUCUACCAUCACUCACCAAGUUGGAAGUGCACGCACCCGCAGCUUUAUCGGUCCUCCGAUUCCUUCGGACGCCUGCUCUUGAGACUCUCGUUCUCGUCAAGUUCAAGAGUCUGCCUACGGCAACCUCGGCAGCUAGUUCGCAGCCCGGACUAUGGUCCCCGACGUUCGCAGCAAUGACCCCGACUACUCCCACCUUCCCUUCGUUGCGCACGCCGGCUGUGAGCCCCGGAGCUUUGACAGGGGUGGGGUCAGGUGUGCAGGCUGGGUGGCCAAACCUGCGUACCCUGAGGUGUGUCCGGUGCAUAUUCGAUGCGGCGUCCAUGGACGUGUAUGCAUUGCGUGCGAUGGCGGGACUGAAAGAGGUUUCGCUGUCUUACGACCCACAUGCCUUAGCUCCGAGACAAGGACAUGGCAUGAUCGGUGCUAUGGGAGGAGGUGCAUCUCCCAAUGCCUACGUCGGCCAUUCGGCGCUGCUUCGGCUGCUCUUGAAUGCGGACAAGCAGGCGCUGUUCAUGGGCUCAACGCCUCUCCUUCCUGACCUUGAGCGCCUUGUGCUCGUUGACACCCGGCAUUUGAAUUAUCCGAGCUCUUCAUUCAACGGCCCCGUCGCGGCAGGCAUGGACAUCGACGACAACGACUUUGAUGACGAUGAAGACGACGAGGAAGACGAGGACGGUGGCAGGAACGGCGUACACGGCGCCGAAAGCAUUCUCAGCCAGGAUAUCCGGCUGCUCGCCUCGUUCUCCCUGCACCGGAUAGCACUGGGGCGGCCCUUAUCCCGCGUACGCUUCGAAGGCCCGCGUGCACGCCAGCUCGAACGCAAGUUCGAGCGAGCGGUGUGGCGGGCCGUGGUCGAUGGCGAGGUGGGCGCCGGUGCGGAAGGCUUAUCCCCGUUUGGACCCGCCGCCGCCUCUGGCGUCUCUGCUGCUGCCAGCGGUGGCACUGGCAGCGAGGACGAGGGGCUCGGCUGGCGGGUGCCCACGGAGGUCGAUACCUCCGUGCGCCCGUUUUCCACUCGCGCGAACGUGGAUGGGCCUGCAGAAGGUGUCGAGGGACCCGACUGGGCCGAUGUUGCAGACGCGUACACUGCGAAGUUCACAGAGUUUACGUUCCGCAUGAUGCAGCAGCGUAAGCAGCAGCAGCAGGCAAGCGGGCAAGCGCCUGCGGCGGGUUGAGUGGGAGGUGAUAGCGGCGAGAUGAUAGUUCGAUGCUUUGCCGAUAUGAGUGUCUGCGGAAUGAUUUAGACUUUUGUAUGUAUGUAUGCGUGUUCCGCACUUGCGUUGUUUACCCUGUUUUCGUUGGCCUGCUGCUUAUCUUGCUAUCAUUUAUGUCCGUUACGUUACGUGUCAUAGACUGAGGAUCCGGUUCCGCUGAGAGGAAAUUGGGGUUGUGUACCACAAUCGUCGCCAUUAUCGUUUGUAUACUAC